CCAUGAUCAGCACGAUCGGAUCUUGGGAUCUUGCUGGCUCGAUCUGUCAGAACUGUCAGAAAAGUCAAACGUGACAUGAGAGGUUAUAUAGAUCCUGCGUGAUAAAAUUUUCACUUAUUUCGCAUAUAUGGAAUAUUUAUACAUUCUGUAAACAAACAGGAAAUUCCACUAGUAUGACGGUCAGGACGCUUUUACGUUUGGGCGACAUAGCAAACAGAUGUGUUCUUAUAAACAGACAGUACUGCAAAACCAAAAUGCAAGUAUUACAGUACAGACAAAUAAGAAGUUUGAAGAGGUCACAGAUCUUUAAACCAGAGUCGCCUUUUCCUAAUGCUCAUAUUGAGACUGGAACUGUAUCGUCUGCAAAAUUGUGGAAACAUCUUGGUUUCACCAUUAUGUUUAGCGGAGCCACUAUAGCAGGUGCUGCAAUUUGGGAGUAUGAACGUAUCAGAAGUCAGACAUACAGGCUAAUCCAUCGUUAUAGACAGUUUCGAGUUAAACGAACAGGAUGGAAGAGUGAAAUGGAAUCAUGGUGGCAAAACUUGACUGAAGGACAGAAGAUGUUUGUUCCUAUAUGUUUUAUAAACGCAGUUAUAUUCUUAGCAUGGAGAGUGCCAACAUUGCAAAAGACAAUGGUGCGCUAUUUUUGCGCCAAUCCAGCUUCUAGUGCAUCAUGUUGGUCUAUGGUACUCUCCACUUUUUCUCAUUACUCUAUAAUCCAUUUGGCUGCGAACAUGUAUGUGCUGCACAGCUUCAGCACAAUAGCUGUGACAGCGUUGGGAAAAGAGCAAUUUUUGGCUUUGUAUUUAUCAAGCGGAGUAAUUUCCAGCUUCGCUAGUCAUGUGUAUAAAACUACGUUUGGAGUACCAGGCCUUUCCCUAGGAGCGUCAGGAGCAAUUAUGGGUAUUCUUGGAUUUGUGUGUACACAAUAUCCUGAUAUACGACUCAGUAUAGUUUUCCUUCCUGUACUCACAUUUACAGCAGGUAUGGCAAUUAAGGGAAUAAUGACUUUGGAUAUUGUGGGUUGUAUCUUAGGAUGGAAAUAUUUUGAUCAUGCUGCGCAUUUGGGUGGUGCAUUAUUUGGAAUAUUCUGGCAAACGUGGGGUAAUGCCAAUAUUUGGCAGAAACGAGAGCCUCUUCUAAGUCUCUGGCAUGGAUUCCGAGAACCCCCAAGAUCAUAACAUUUUCUUUUUCUAUAUUUAGAUUUCAAUUUAUUGUACUGUU